AUGUCUCCUCCCCAACCUGCUUCGCACCGUGCUGCACGCAGUAUUCUUAACAUCCUACUGGCAGACUUUGGACUGUCCAGCGAUGACGACCAGGAGACGAAGGUGAUGUUUGAAGGCGAUGUACCCGCUCUAGCCUCAACCAAUAGCCAACGUCUUCUGCUCUCUCUUGUUGGAGCUAUUCCCGCCGCUGCCAAUGCAUUAGCCGCUGCACGGAUCUUGGAGCUGCGCGGAGGUCCCAGCCAAACGAUAACAGUCGACUUGGCAAGGGGACACAAUUACAUUGACCCCAACAUUGGCAUGACGCCAACUAUAAACGGCCAGGAGAUUCCAAUGGACAUGGUAGUCGGAAACCCAUAUCUGCGCAAUAUCUUUGAGACUAAGGACGGUCGCUUCGUCGUCGCUUCGGCCGUUUACGUCGACUUGGCUUAUCAAUGGAGCGCUUUUUUGUCAUCCUCGAUGAACGAGAAUGAUGUGCGAGCCGCUUUCAAGAAAUGGAAUGCAAACGGUGCGUUUCAUGCCAUUAUUUUCCGUACCUCAUCCGGGCUGUCAUUAACUGUGCGUGAAGAACUCGAAGCUGCCUGCGCAGAGGCUGGCCUGCCGCUCGCGAUCAUCCGAUCAGAACAACAGUGGGCAGAGUCGGAUCACGGGAGGCAUCUCGCAGAAAUGCACAUAGUGCCUGUCCAGAAAGUCAUCUCCACCCCGCCCCUACCGCUUCCAGGUAACCCUCUUCGGCCAUUGGAAGGCGUCAAGGUUCUUUGUAUGACACACGCUAUUGCUGGCCCCAGCGCCGGGCGAACAUUAGCUGAGCACGGAGCCUCGGUCCUACAGAUUAUGUAUACGCAUGGUUUCGAGCAUAGCUUUGUAUACACGUAUGCCAACUUGGGCUGCGCUUCCGCAAGACUCAACCUUCACAAGGACCAAGAUCGACGGCAUCUCUGGUCGCUUGUACGGGACGCUGAUGUCUGGAUUGACUCGUACAGGGACGGUGCGCUUUCCAAAUUCGGAUUUGGCACCGAAAAAUUGCACGAGGCCAACCCGAGCCUGAUUAUUUCUCAAGUUCGUGCGUAUGGCACCACUGGCCCAUGGGCCUCGCGGCCGGGCUUUGACAUGCAAGGCUCUGCUGCCUCUGGCAUGAUGGCGCUUUGCGGGGGGGGGCCUCGAGAGCCUUCUUGGCCGCCGGGGAUGGUCAUCAAUGACUAUACUACGGGGUACUAUGGGGCGCUGGCUAUCCAAAGUGCUCUGCUCAGGCGAGCGAAGGAAGGCGGUGGCUAUGUCGUCAGCCCGUCUUUGGCCGGCACUGCGAUGUCAAUCCUCAAGCACUUCAACACGGCAGACUACCCAGAGCUUUCCCAAAGCGUUGCAGAGGCCUUGCCUCCAGAUACCAUUGAGAAAAUGACUAAUGUAGGAUAUCUAAAGACACUGCAGCCGUUGCCUGUGUUGGCAAAGACGCCAAUCAAGUAUGACCCCAUCCUCCUGAGCCCUAUAGGCUCCAAUCUCCCACUAUUUCCCGGGACCGAAUCUAUCAGCAAAUACGACCCGUGCGAUGCCAGCCCUGUUGAGAAUGGAGAACUCUUACGGCUAAGUAUAGACUUUACACGAAGAUUGGAUAGACUGAAGGAGGCGGGGAAAAGAGACUAG